AUGAAUGAUAUUUUUCCAAAUUUACAUUCAAUUACUUUGAAUAAGAUCGAUUCAAAUAUAUGGAACUUGAUUCGAACUCGAUUACCAUCAUUUAUAUCAUUAAGAUCAAUAUUCAUCUAUUCUGUUGAUGAUUUAGAUGAAUCCACAGCAACAUUAAUGUCACUGAUUUUUCACGAUCUUCUAUUCAAUGUAAAAUCAUUAAAACAUUUAUUUCUUGAGACAUUAUAUGGUCAGAAUGAAACAAUAAUCAUUUCAACAUCUUCUUUAAUACAAACAUCUACUAUUGAAUGUUUAACAGUAAUAGGUAUUCAAAUUAAUUUACAUCAAAUUUUUGCUAUUGCACCUAUGUUACGUCAACUCAAUGUCAAAUUGAUUGUUACUCAAUUUUAUGAAAUUGACACAAUUUUUCAACCAUCUAUUAAUUUACAACAAUUAUCGAUCAACAACAAUCGUAUGACUAUGUUCGAAAUUAGACAUUUACUCUCAUCAAUGACUUGUCUUACUUAUCUUAGUCUUGAUAUUGAUAAUGCAGAUAAUGAUAUGAUUAAUGGCAAUGUAUGGAUACCAUUAUUAACUAGAAUAAUUGCAUUUCAGUUCAUAUUUAAAAUUUCAAAUGAAAUGAAUAUUGAUCUUAAUACUUUUCGUACUCAAUUCUGGCUCGAAGAAAAGAAAUGGUAUGUUACAUUUGAUCAAUGGACCGAUACUUCUUGUUCAUUUCUCUAUACAAAUCCAUGCUUUAACGGCUAUUAUUAUCCAUUACCAUUUGUGAAGAAAACAUUGAUAACAGAAUCAACUGGAUUAGAACCAACGACAUAUCCGCAUACUAAAUAUAUCUUUUUUGACAUUCAAUCACCAAUGUCACAAGCACAUUUACGUCGGUUUACACAUGCUCAUACGUUAAUUGUUGAAAGCGAUUUUGACAUUUCAUUUAAAAAUAUUAUCACUUGCAUCGAUUUGUCACGAAUUACUAGUUUCGUACAAGGCAAAUUGGAAACAAAACAGUCAAAUAAUGAAUUUGUACGAAUUCUUCAUAAUCUUCCACAUCUACGUUCACUUUGCUUGCAUACUUCGACUCUCAUCUUAUUUUUUAAUCGACAUUGGCCACAAAUCCUUGAUCUCAACAUGAAGAUUGAUUCACUUGGUCCAUUUAAACGAUUAUCAUCAAAUGAAAUCGAUGCACUUUGGCGUUCAUUUACUCGUCUGAAGCAAUUGGAAUUUGAUCGUCAAAGUGUUCGAAAUCUAUCAAGAUUAUUUAAUACUAUGACAAUGACAUUAUCGAAUGUAUCAAUUCGUCACUAUGGUGAUAUCAAUAAUUUAAAUCCUCGAAUGGUAACACGUCAAUGGUUGGAACAGAAUACAAAAUUAUGUCAAUUUGACUAUUUUAAAGAUAACAAAUGGGAAGUUUAUUUAUGGCUUUAG